AUGUCUGAAACGGCAACAAGCGAGGAAGAAUGUCGAGACGAAUGUCCUGACGGUGAACAUCUGUCCUCAUCGGGUUCUUGCCAACCGUGUCCAGCUGGAUCUUACCGUACCCGUGGAGAACACAAACAAUGUGUUAGCUGUCCUCCAGGAACAACGACUGAAUCUACUGCAUCUACGCGAAGAGAACAAUGUAAUACCCCAAGAUGUAAAGUUGGACAGUUUCUUGUGAAGGAAACAGAGCAAUGUAAUACCCCAAGAUGCAAAGUUGGACAGUUCCUUGUGAAGGAAACAAAGCACUGUCAGUUUUGCCCUAGAGGCACAUUCCAGGAUGAGGAGCAGAAGUCCACCUGUAAACUUUGCCCAACUGAUCACACUACAGCAUCACAAGGGGCCACCGCAGAAUCCCAAUGCUAUUCGACAAAUCAAUGUGCAACCGGGGAAGAUAACUGUUCCUGGCAUGCACAUUGCAUAGAUCUGCCCGAUGACAAUGACGUACCAUCGUUCCAAUGUAAAUGCAAGCCUGGAUACAGGGGAGGGAUAGUGGCUGUCCUGAUUGUGAUUGUGAUCGUCAUCUUCAUGAUCUCAUUCCGUUUCAACCGAUCUACGGUUGAUGCUAUUGACAAGGUUCAAAUUGACGACCUUCAACAGUCAAACUUUAUCUAUGGGCGACCACCAAUAGGUAAGCUUUACUUCUAGAA